AGCAGUAGCUCAUAGGAACAUAGAGUAAUUAACGGUCUCCACCUUAAGCCUGGUAGGAGGCGGAGCUGAAGGCGGAUCCGGAUCUGGAUAUAUCAGUGCUGGCAGCUCGGGCGCCUCUAUUCUAUAGUCAGGGAAGUCAGGCUCUAGGCCGUAGUGAUACUCAGUGGCAUCUAACCAGGCAUCAUGAGCCAGGACACGGAGGUGGACAUGAAGGAGGUGGAGUUGAAUGAGAUGGAGCCAGAGAAGCAGCCCAUGACGGGCUCUCCCUCCUCACCGGCAUCGGGCUCCCCAGGCAGCCUGGGUGAGAAGAACGGGAUGGUGAAGGUGAAAGUGCCGGAGGAUGGCGAGGCGGAUGCUGACACCAAGUUCACGGGGCUCUCCAAAGAGGAGCUGCUGCAGGUAGCGGGCACUCCAGCGUGGGUGCGCACCCGCUGGGCCCUGCUCAUCCUCUUCUGGCUGGGGUGGCUGGGUAUGCUGGCGGGAGCCAUCGUCAUCAUCGUGCAGACUCCCCGCUGUAAGGAGCUGCCUCCCCAAGAGUGGUGGCACAAAGGCGGCAUAUAUCGCAUCCAGGCGCUGGAGGCCUUCCAGGAUUCAGAUGCCGAUGGAGUCGGGGACUUAGCAGGGGUGCAGCAGCGCAUUGAUUACCUGAGUUCCCUGAAGGUGAAGGGGCUGGUAAUUGGACCCAUACAUGUUAAUGCUCCAGACAGUCUGAUUGCCACUGAUCUGCAGACAGUGGACCCUAAGUUUGGCACCAAGGAGACUUUCACUAAGCUGCUGGAAGCUGCCAAGAAAAAGAGUCUCAAAGUCAUCCUGGACCUGACCCCCAAUUACAGUGGCAAGAUUCCCUGGUUCAGUCUAGAGACCCCCCAUGACAAUAAUUUCCAGGAUAAAAUGAAGGCGGCGCUGGAGUACUGGCUGGAGCUUGGUGUGGCGGGGAUCCAGAUCAAAAGCGUGGAGAUGCUCAAUGACCCCCAGCUCCUGAUGGACUGGAAGAACCUCACCAGCCAAUACAGUUCUGAUGGCAACACCAGAGUGCUGAUCGCUGGGACAGGCCAGCAGAACUCCUCACAGAUUUUGUCCCUGAUGAACGAGACUAGUGCUGAUCUCCUGGCCAGCCCAUAUCUGAUGGAGCUAGGGUCAGAGCCCCCUGGAGAGCAAAUGGAAAACGCAAUUAGAAACUACAUCGAGGCUGCUGGAGAGAAAUGGCCUAGCUGGAGUGUUGGGGGCCUGCAGGCAGAGCAUAUGGCAUCUUUGGUGAAGGAACGGUUGCUGCGACUUUAUCACAUGCUACUUUUCACGCUGCCGGGGACGCCUUUCACCAACUAUGGGGAUGAGAUUGGUCUGGGGAAGCUGCCAGGACAGUCCAGUGCACCCCGCAUGCGGUGGGAUGAUUCGGCCAACUUUGGCUUCUCCUCAAAGACGCUGCCUCAGGAUGGGGACACCAGCAGCAACUUCACUGUGAAGACACAGACUGGGGACCGUUCCUCGCUGCUCUCCCUGUUCCGGCACCUGAGCGAGCUGCGGGGCAAGGAGCGCUCACUGCUGCAUGGGGAGUUCACGAUGCUACCCACGCCAGCACCAGAUGUCUGCAUCUACUUGCGCAGUUGGGACCAGAACAAACGCUUCUUGGUGGUCCUCAACUUUGCUGCCACCCGCAUCCCUAUCACCAUCACCCACUCUCAUCUGCCUCCUGAGGCCACUGUGGAGCUCAGCACUGACCCCCAGCGUCAGGAGGGGCAGCUGUCCCUGAAGGAUCUGACAUUGGAGUCAUCCGAGGGCUUGCUGCUGCACUUCCCCUAUGUAGCUUAGGGAAGGGGCCUCCCCUGCAGGCCAGGGUGUCCCACCUCCCAGGAAAGGAUAUUGUUCAUGUGAAUCCUACUAACACCUCCAGGGGCAGCAGUGAGGCCUUGGGGUGGGGGUGGGGAUGGGGAGAGGGCAGGGGAACUGCAGCCAUAAGGUAAGAAGGCACCUAUAUUAUGUUCUCCCUUGAGUUGGGAGAACAGGACCCUGGAGCUUGGCAUGUAUCAGGACAGACCUCCAGGACUCCUAAGGGCAGGCUGGCAGUGGGAAGGGAAACUGGUGAUUGAUGUGCCCCAGUUCUUGCUAGCCUCCCUUAGCAUCCCUGAGAGGAUGGUGCCUAUAGCAGAUCUGGGCUCCACGUUGCGUUUCCCCAAGAUGGGAUAGCAACUAGAUUUUUGGGUUUGUCUUCACUAUCUUCCGGAUCCAUGGGCAGCGAUUUGAUCGAGGGGGAGGGGGGGAAAGAGGGCAUCAGAUUUUUUUUCCCCUUCUUCCUGUGAGUCUGGUACACCUCCCCUUAUCCUGGUGUUGAUAGGAGAGUGUCAGCUGUUGACUUACUGCAGUGAAGGUACAGCUGUAAGUAAAUCUAAGUACAUCAACUUCAUAGCUGAAGUUGUGUAACUUAGAUCAUGGGCUUCCGGUAGUGUAGACGAGGCCUUAGGGACCAAAGGGUUUAGACCCCACUGGCUGCAGCUUGCACUCCCAAAGUUAUUCUAGCUCCUGUGGGGCUGGCCCUGCCCUUCUGUCAUCCCCCCUGCCCCUCCUCCCAUGGUCACCCCCAUUUUGGGUGCUCUGUGUGGUGGGAUCGCAUAGGGGGUCACUCUUCUUUUUUGUCUUUCUCUUCUUCCUUUCUCUCCCUAUGGUGGGGACCGGUGCCAUUUGUGGGACAGGUGUGUGUAAGGGGAGGAGGGCUUUGUGCUACACCCUUUGUGAGUGCUGCUGGGAUCAGCAUGGAACUAGUUAAUAAAAGGCUCUGGUUAGUGA